AUGAUCCCAGCCCCUGACAGCAACGCAGCGAACGAUGCCGUUGAACUUUCCACCAUCGAAGAGACCGCGCCGACUGAGAUGGAACCUAUGAUAUACCAGCCAGACGACGACCCUGAGUCCGAGCCUGAGGUGCCUCGACGCAUUGCCCGUCGGCUCUACGUGUCUCAUUUCCUGUCGACGUGGAACUCACGAUCGUUUGAAUUCGGGGCUGUCUUGUUCCUGGCCACCAUCUUUCCACAAACUCUCCUGCAGCUGUCCGUCUAUGCUCUUUUGCGGUCCGCAUCUGCUAUCCUCCUCGCAUCAAGCAUCGGAUAUGCGGUCGACCAGAGACCCCGACUUCCCGUUGUCAGGCUCUCCAUUGUCGCUGCACGCAUCGCGGUCCUUCUGUCAUGUGUUGGUUUCUGGGCACUAUCCGCCUACCACACCAUAACGGUGUCGGCAAAGUUGGCAAUCUUCUCCGUACUAGUCCUACUUUCAUGCAUUGAAAAGCCUUGCUCGGUCCUCAACCUCGUUGCUGUCGAACGCGACUGGGUGGUCGAAAUUGCUCAGCACGACGAGCGUAGUUUGCAAAGUCUCAAUGCCAGCAUGCGGCGCAUCGAUCUCGUCUGCAAGCUUGGGGGUCCUCUAGUUAUUGCGCUCAUUGACGGGGCAUCGAGGAAUGCAGCCAUAUUUCUGAUCCUGGCGACCAACGCCGUUGCUGCUCCGAUAGAAUACUUCGCCAUAGCCCAGGUCUACGGCGCAGUCCCUCAGCUCCAGGCUCCAAAGAUCCAAUCUGCUUCGAGAAGCUCCGAUCAGACCGUCCGUGUUUCCGCAAAGCAACUACUGGCUCCAUUUCGAGAUCUCAAACAUUACUCCCACCAUCCAGCCUUCCUCCCUUCUCUGUCGUUAUCGCUCCUCUACUUUACGGUUCUGAGCAUGUCUGGCCAACAAAUCACAUACCUUGUCUCGGCCGGCUACACUUCUUUCGCCGUUGGUCUUGUGCGUUCGGUAUCCACCAUGUUCGAACUGUCAGCCACGUGGAUUGCUCCACUUCUGAUGCACAAGAUCGGCGCAAACCGAGCUGGCAUGUGGUUUCUCAGUUGGCAGGUCGCUUGGCUAGGCGGAGCAGUGAGUUUCUUCUGGGUUGAGAAGAAACCGAUCGUGGCGGCUUCGGGAUUAGUGGCCGGGACGAUUUUGAGUCGAAUUGGUCUGUGGGGUUAUGAUCUGUGUGCGCAGUUCAUCAUUCAGCAGGAAGUCCAAGGUCCCCAACGUGGCUCGUUCUCCUCCACGGAAGCAACAUUGCAGAAUCUGUUCGAACUGCUCUCCUAUGUCACGACCAUCGUCUGGUCGUCGCCGCGACAAUUCCAGUAUCCAGUCCUCUUGAGUACUGUAGCAGUAUUUACGGCAGCAGGGCUGUAUGCUUAUUUCCUAAGGCAAAGAAGGGGACACUUGGUACACCUUUCAGGAUGCGUGAAAUGA